AUAAAGGACACGCCUCUUCCUUUUAUGACGUCAGGAGCGGAGAAUUAAGCUCCGCCCAAGUGUCUGAGUACAGAGGCAGACGAUUCUACAAAGUGGCUACAGUGUGUCUAGGAAUGCUGUGUUUUCUCCUGCUGAUGAUAAUCAUAACACUGUGUGUCUACUAUAACGGAAUCAAUGCGGAGAUAAAGAGAAAUGAAAACCGAUGGAUGCAGGCCUUUUCUCAUAUUAUGUCCAAUUAUACUGAGAUAGAUCAGCUAAAAAUGAGAUCUAUAAUCUGUGCAGCAGAGAAACUCCAGUUACAAACCAGUUACAAUGCCUGUGUGACACAAAAAGACCAGCUGCAAACAAGUUGCAACACCUGCAAUGCAAAGACAGAGCAGCUACAGGCCAACUACAGCACCUGCACUUCACAGAAAGUCCAGCUGCAAACAAGCUACAGUGCCUGCACUACACAGAAAGACCACCUGCAAACAAAUUACAACACUUGCAAUACACAGAAAGACCACCUGCAAACAAAUUACAACACUUGCAAUACAAAGAAAGACCAGCUGCAAACAAGUUACAGCACCUGCGCUGCACUAAAUGACUAUCUGCAAUCAAGCUACAACACCUGCAUUGCACAGAAAGACCAGUUCCAAACAUAUUCCAGCACCUGCACUGCACAGAAAGACCAGUUGCAAACAAGCUACAGCACCUGCACUGCACAGAAAGACCAGCUACAAACAGAUUCAAGCACCUGCACUGUACAGAAAAACCAGCUGCAAACAAGCUACAGCACCUGCACUGCACAGAAAUACCAGCUGCAAACAAGUUAUAACACUUGCACUGUGCAGAAAGACCAGCUUAAAACAAAUUACAGUGCCUGUAUCGCAAAUAAUGAACUUUUAGAGAAUGAGAAAAGACAACAAUCUUCUGAAAAACUAUGUCCUGAGGGAUGGGCAAGGUUUGGGACACGGUUGUACUACUUCUCCACUGAGAAAAAGACUUGGCAUGAGGGCCAGCGGGAUUGUAAAAAUAGAGGAGCGGAUCUGAUUAUCAUCAACAGCCAACAGGAACAGGAUGUUAUACUUCAUAUGGAUGUCUGGAUCGGUCUAACAGACAGUGACCAUGAAGGAACCUGGAAAUGGGUGGAUGGGUCACCACUGACCACAAGUUUCUGGAGGGAUGGAGAACCUAAUAACUCUCGUGAGGAGGACUGUGCACAUAACAAUGCAGGAAGAAACCCCAAAAAGAGCUGGAAUGACGCAGACUGCUCUGCUGAGUCAUUCUGGGUGUGUGAGAAGGAAGCUUAGUGCACAAACACACACACAGACACACACAGAGACACACACAUACACACUCACAAACAGACACACACAUACACACUCACAAACAGCAUGUUUCUACAGUGUAAGGUAAGAUGAAUACCUCAGGGCACACACACCAUUCACACCUACGGACAAUCUGGUAACUCCAAUUCACCUUAGUAUGUUUUUGGACGGGGAGAACAAGCAAACUCCACGCAGACAGACCCAAGGUGAAGACUCAAGCCCUGGUCCCAGAGGUGUGAGGCAGCAGUGCUAACUACUGCACCGCCACCAUCUCCAUCGUCAUUAUUCCUUAUUGUAAUGUCUGUGUAAUUUUUUAUAAAAAAAAUUUUUUGGAGCGGUUGUCACGCCCAGUUCGUCCGAUCCUUGUGUGCCACGCCCCCUCAUCAUCCACGUGUGCUACCCCGAUCAUGCCCAGCUGUUUCCUGUUAUUUUCGGCUUGUCUUUUGUAUUUAGUCCACGUCUGAGUCCGUCUUCCUCAGACUUAUUAAUGUUAGUUACUCUUAGUUUGUCGCUGUCUGCCCUGUCUCUCCCGUUCCCUUAUUAAACCUUCGUUUUCCCUGCCUGCCUGCCUCGUCUUUCCCCGCUUCCUGCUCGCCCGUCCAACCCCAUACCUGACAGCGGUGUUUUUUUCCACCGCAGAACAAAUGCUGCUGAUGGAGCUGUAUGAAGAAUACAAAGAUAUAAUCGCUAAGAAAGACAAUACUGUGGCCAUAAAUACAGCCAGGGAGUUGGCUUGGCAAAGAAUUGCAGACACACUAAAUGCAUAAGUUAUGUAAAUGUUACAAGUGUCUAAUAUAGUGGCACAGUGGUUUAUGCUGCAUUCAUGUGUCAUUCUUACUGUAUAUUUUUUCACGAUCGGUGGGGAACAGGUAAGGCAGGGGGGCAGGAAGGACCAGGCAGGAAGGCGGAAUACGGGACAAACUAGGGCUUUAUUCGGGAAGGUAAGGGCAGGAUGGAACACUGGCAUUGACAACAACAUCAAUGACGGACCAGGGACACAGGCGAGACUUGGACUUAAAUAGACAGGACUGAUCAAAAUAACUAGACACUGCUGGGUACGAUCAGGGAAGCACACGUGGAUAAUCAGGGGGGCGUGGCACACACGAGGAUCGUACGAGCUGGGUAUGACAUUUUUAUUCUAUAUUAUUUGAUCUUUGUAAAAUACUUUAAAUUGCAUCUGUGUGAAAUGUUCUGCACAAAUAACUAUCUUGUCUUUCCUUUUUACUAAUGAACUUUCAAAGUAGACUGACUAAACAAAAUAUAAAAAUAUCGUCCUGUUCAUAUUUUAACAAUUUUUUUUUAAUUUCAGUCAUUGCAUUUCAUGUUUGACCUCUGUGAUAUGGAUACACUUUUAUUUUGAUUAUUUUAUAAUUAAUUGGAAUGCUGAGAUGUGAUUUUUGCAGACUUUAUUAUAUUUAUCACAUGCCAUGAGUAGUGAGUGCAGAAUUUCGUUUGACAGAACGAAAUUCGUUUGACAGAAUUUCGUUUCCCACACAAAUCGAACGUUCUUUGAGACAACGCUUAACUAAGCGAGACCGUUAACCUGGUCCAGAGCAGACUUGUUCACUCACCUAAGUUGCCUUGGUAGCUUAGUGUUAAGGCACAAUGAUGGAACGGAACUCCCACUUAAAUAAGCCAGACUUGUCGAAAUAAAACAGACUUAAUCCUA